CUACUAAGUACUAACUGUCCCUCCUUGCUGUGUCGUUUUUUCUCCCUCGUUUGCUCUUCUUCAGUGUGGCUCAUCUUCUGAGGCGUCUCCGUCUUCAUCCCAAGCCUCCAUUCCAUCUAUCUAUCUUCAGUUUCUGCAGCUCUGCUGGUAGGGAAAUAAUGGCAGAGGAGAGUGGGAAGAGUUUUGCUAGGAGGGAUCGGUUGUUGGAAAUAGAGUCUCAGGUUCAGAAGUGGUGGGAAGAGGGGGAUGUUUUCAGAGCUGAGCCCAAAGAUUCUCGUCCCUUGCCAGGUGAAAAGUUUUUUGGGAACUUUCCUUUCCCGUAUAUGAAUGGCUAUCUUCAUCUGGGACAUGCGUUUUCGUUGUCUAAACUUGAGUUUGCUGCUGCUUAUCAUAGAUUGAGGGGUGAAAACGUGCUUUUGCCCUUUGGGUUUCACUGCACUGGGAUGCCUAUUAAGGCUUCUGCUGAUAAGCUCUCGAAUGAGAUUGAGAUGUUUGGGAAUCCGCCGCAGUUUCCGGUUGCAGGAGAAGAGGAAACUGGUGAGCAAGAAGUGAAGGCGGAGGGUGAGGGUGAAGGGAAUCAGACUGCCCCGGGUGGAAAAUUUAAAGGGAAGAAGUCAAAGGCUGUUGCCAAGACUGGUGCUGCUAAAUUUCAGUGGGAAAUCAUGAGAAGCUACGGUUUGUCUGAUGAGGAGAUUGCUAAAUUUACUAAUCCGUAUCACUGGCUGACUUUUUUCCCACCGCUUGCUGUGGAGGAUUUGAAGGCUUUCGGGUUGGGUUGUGAUUGGCGGCGCUCAUUUAUUACUACUGAUAUGAAUCCGUAUUUUGAUUCCUUUGUGCGGUGGCAAGUGAGGAAAUUAAAAUCCUUGGGAAAGAUUGUUAAGGACCUCAGGUUUGCCAUCUAUUCUCCCAAAGAUGGGCAGCCGUGUGCCGAUCAUGAUCGGGCUUCAGGGGAAGGAGUUAUUCCCCAGGAGUAUACUCUUAUCAAGAUGGAGGUUGUUGCACCUUUUCCAUCAAAGAUGGGUGUUUUAGAAGGUAGAAAAGUGUACCUUGCUGCUGCUACAUUAAGGCCAGAGACAAUGUAUGGACAAACAAAUGCUUGGGUACUGCCUGAUGGAAAGUAUGGUGCAUAUGAGAUUAAUGAUACAGAUGUUUUUGUCUUGACUUAUAGGGCUGCUCGUAAUCUGGCUUACCAGAGGCUGUCCCGCAAACCCGAGGAGCCAACUUGUUUGGUUGAAUUGACUGGUCAAGAUCUUAUUGGGUUGCCCCUGCGCUCUCCUUUAGCUUUUAAUGAAGUUAUAUACACUUUGCCGAUGCUUUCAGUUCUUACUGAAAAGGGUACUGGUAUUGUAACCAGUGUUCCCAGUGACUCUCCUGAUGAUUACAUGGCCCUUCAUGACUUGAAGUCUAAGUCUCCUGAUGAUUACAUGGCCCUUCAUGACUUGAAGUCUAAGCCAGCCUUCAGGGCCAAAUUUGGUGUCAAGGAUGAAUGGGUCUUGCCCUUUGAGAUUGUGCCUAUCAUCAAUCACCCAGAUUUUGGAGACAAAUCAGCCGAGAGAAUUUGCAUAGAGAAAAAAAUUAAAAGCCAGAAUGAACGAGAUAAGCUUGAUGAGGCUAAGAAAGUAAUCUACAAAGGUGGGUUUUAUGAGGGAACCAUGGUUGUUGGAGAGUUUUCUGGAAUGAAGGUCCAAGAUGCUAAAAGUUUGAUCAGAAGCAAGCUUCUGGAGAUGAAUCAAGCUGUAGUGUACAGUGAGCCUGAGAAGAAGGUCAUUUCAAGAUCUGGGGAUGAGUGUGUCGUGGCUUUGACUGAUCAGUGGUAUAUCACCUAUGGGGAACCAGAAUGGCGGAAUGCUGCAGAGGAGUGCUUAUCCGGUAUGAAUCUCUAUUCUGAUGAGUCCCGUCAUGGUUUUGAGCACACUUUGAGCUGGCUUAACCAGUGGGCUUGCUCACGCAACUUUGGGCUUGGUUCUCGCAUUCCUUGGGAUGAUCAGUUUUUGGUUGAAUCCUUGUCUGAUUCCACACUUUAUAUGGCAUAUUAUACUGUAUGUCAUCAUUUGCAGAAAGGGGAUAUGUAUGGUAGUGACCACUCUUCAGUGAAACCGGAGCAGUUAACGGAUGAAGUUUGGGAUUUCUUGUUUUGUGGAGGGCCAUAUCCUAGUUCUUCUGAUAUAUCUUCUUCUCUCCUCGAGAAGAUGAAAAGGGAAUUUGAGUAUUGGUAUCCAUUUGACCUCAGAGUUUCUGGCAAGGAUCUUAUUCAGAAUCAUCUUACUUUUUGCAUCUACAACCACACUGCCAUCUUGCCUAAGCACCUUUGGCCACGCGGUUUCAGGUGCAAUGGUCAUAUUAUGCUAAACUCCGAGAAGAUGUCCAAGUCUACAGGUAAUUUCAGGACCCUGAAGCAGGCUAUUGAAGAGUUCUCAGCAGAUGCCACACGAUUCUCUCUUGCCGAUGCGGGUGACGGAAUGGAUGAUGCGAACUUUGUGUUUGAGACGGCUAAUGCUGCUAUCUUACGUCUCACGAAAGAAAUCGCAUGGAUGCAGGAGGUUCUUGCAGCAGAGUCGUCUUUGAGAAGUGGAGUGCCAUCUACAUAUGCUGAUCAGGUAUUCGCUAAUGACAUGAAUAUUGCAGUCAAAGCAACAGAGAAGAACUACGGCGAAUAUAUGUUCAGGGAAGCUCUGAAGACAGGUUUCUAUGAUCUUCAGGCUGCUAGGGAUGAAUACAGGCUGUCAUGUGGUUCGGGGGGCAUGAACCGUGAUCUAUUAUGGAAGUUCAUGGAUGUUCAAACACGGCUUAUUGCUCCAAUCUGCCCUCAUUAUGCUGAAUAUGUCUGGAAGGAACUUUUGAAGAAAGAUGCGUAUUGCAUAAAAUCUGGGUGGCCAAAAGCCGAGGCACCAAAUCUCACCCUCAAAAAGGCUAACAAAUAUUUGCAAGAUUCAAUUGUUUCGAUGAGGAAGCUCCUGCAGAAACAGGUUUCUGGAUCGAAGAAAGGUAACGUAAAUGUGAAUGCUCAAAACAAACCCACAGUGGGGUUGAUAUAUGUCAACGAGCAAUAUGAUGGGUGGAAAAUGGAGUGUUUGAACAUACUGAGGACGAAAUUCGACUUGUCCUCUCGCACCUUUUCACCCGACAAAGAAAUCCUCGCUGAACUACAGCAGAGCGCAAUUGCAAAAGAAGGCAAUUUCAAGCAAAUACAGAAGCUAUGCAUGCCAUUCCUGAGAUUCAAGAAGGAUGAAGUUAUGGCCGUGGGGGUUCAGGCACUGGAUCUAAGACUUCCAUUUGGCGAGAUUGAGGUCCUCGAGACAAACUCAGACUUGAUCAAAAGACAGCUUGGCCUUGAAAGAUUGGAGAUUUUGUCUGCUGCAGAUCCAACUGCAAUUGGAAGAGCCGGUCCUCAUGCAUCGCUUUUGAAACAGAAUCCUCCAUCACCUGGGAAUCCAACUGCGAUCUUCAUCAACGAGUAAACUCAAAGACACAAACUUUUCUAUUGCCAUUCACAUCUGGUUUAAGUUGUAAUUUUGUGGUUUCUGGAUUUUGUUGAACCGGAUUUCCAGUCUUUACUUUGUUAUAUACUGAUUGUUGUUUCAUCUUUUGAUGUUAAUUAUAUUGUAAGCAGACUAGCAAUACUGUUUUAAUCCAUUCUGGCAUUUUCUCUUGAGGCAAAAUGUUAGUAGGUUUC